UUAUACGUGGACAAAUAACUUUUAUUAAACGUUAAAGAAACAUUUUCGUUUUGUAUGUAAACGACUCUCUGUAAGGAAGCAGUAAAACAACAACUUCCGGUGGCAUCUGUUGCUGUAAAGAUGGCGGACACGUGUGGUCAAGUCAUUUUGGGAUCCGGGCUUACUGUCCUUUCCCAUCCUUUGAUGUACAUUAAAGUAUUGGUUCAGGUGGGACACGAGCCACUCCCUCCUACCCUGGGGCGGAAUUUAUUUGGCAGACAAGUCUACCAGUUACCUGGACUGUUUGCUUAUGCCAAACACAUCAUCAAGAUUGAUGGAAAAGUUGGUCUCUUCAAGGGGCUAGGGCCAAGGCUUUGUGCUGGGACCCUUGGCACUGUUGUGCACAGUAAAAUAGUGCAGAAAUGUCAUGAACAUGGGACACUUGAGGUGGUGGCAUUUGUGGGACACCAGCAGAAGAUUGGUGAUGGCUCCGUACAACAUGUUGUUAAUGAGACAACCAAAGAGAUGAUAGCUCGUUCCUGUGCCACCAUAGUUACACAUCCUUUUCAUGUGAUCACAUUGCGAUGUAUGGUGCAGUUUAUUGGAAGAGAGAUCAAAUACAGCGGAGUCCUAGAUUCCAUCACCACCAUCUACAGAGAAGAGGGAAUUCUGGGCUUCUUCACUGGAUUGAUUCCUCGACUACUUGGAGACGUCUUAGCUCUGUGGAUUUGUAACAUGCUGGCUCACUUCAUCAACACAUACGCAAUUGAUGAUUCGAUGAGUCACACAGGAGAACUCAAGAACUGCUUCCAGGCUGUCACCGGGUUCUUUGCAAGCAUGCUUACAUACCCUUUUGUAUUGGUAUCAAACCUCAUGGCUGUCAAUAAUUGCGGGCUGGCUGGAGGGCGUCCUCCGUAUGCAUCAGUAUAUCCUACCUGGGUGCACUGCUGGAGUCACCUGAGCCGAGAGGGCAACAUGAGCAGAGGAAACAGUUUAUUCUUCCGGAAACUUCCAGCAGGAAAGACGUAUGCAAUUAACCAGAAAAGAUUUUAUUAAAAACAGUAACAAUACAAAAACAAAUAUGUCUGAUGUGGGGGGAAUUAUUGUUAGUGCGUCAGUCAUCAUGUGUGCACUGCUUCAUGUUUAUUAACAUUAUCAUGAUCUUAUUCAAUGAAAAAUAAUAAGUUUUAGUGUUUAUGUCAAAGAAAACAGCAGUUGUUAGGGAGAAUGGACCAAGUCAUUUCAACAGUGCUAAUGUUCUGACUACUAAAUGUCGUCUCCCCCAUGAUCUUCUUUCAAGCACUUCAGGUACAUGUGAUGAUGUCUGACAUGAUAAUUGCUUAUUAUUCAUAUUAUUAUUGUUGUUAUUGUGGAAUGAGCUUGGUCAAAGAACAGACCAUUCUUUCUAUGACACUCGUCAAAUACUUACAUUUCUUCCCAAUAGAAAUAAAGGUGUUUUUUUGUCCUUA